ACAACGACAUUAAUUAGUGCGGAACAUCAAAGUUUUGCAACAUUAAAACACUGCUAAAACCUUUUCUACGAGUAAGAGAAGGUUAUAUUAAGUGGGAGCUACUCAAUUGCUAUGCAUAGCCAUUGAAAUUUUAUCAAAUUCAUUUUCUUCAGUGCAAGACGGGAUUUUUCAUAGCUACAAUCAAGAAUGAAGUGAAAAUGAGAACAUGGGUAGUUUUCCGAUUGCCGCUGAAGCACGUAACAAGUUUGGCCAAUGAAAAUUUACCCUUUCUAGGACCAAGAAUAUCACCAUCCUCCCAUUCAAUUUCUUCACAUAACUACCAAAGUUGGAACUUCAGUAUUGCUAGGCGACAAAGGGUUCCAAUUGAUCCACAUGCACCUGCCUUGUUAUCAUGUUGCCAUCGUUUUUGCAGCGCCAUUCAGAUGUUUGAGGAAAUGCCACAAAGACCUCUACAAUUGAGAGAUAUUCAUUUUGAGCUUGUUGAUUACAUCAAAUCGUGCCUCAAAAGACCCAAAAUUGUGACUGCAACUGUUGCCCAUUGUGCAGCUUUAAAGAUUGGUGCUCUAGCUCAUCUCCCAACUUCAACAUCUCUACUCACUGUUUAUUCCAAGGCUGGAGACUUUACCUCUUCAAAGGAUUUGUUUGAUGAAGUUCACAGUAGAGAUGUGAUUGCUUGGAAUGCUAUUGUUGCAGCAUGUCUUACAAAUAACUGCUAUAGAACAGCAAUGGACUUCUUAGAGAAAAUGAUAAAGGCGCAAACUGGAUUUGAUUCCACUACUCUGAUGCUUAUGGUAUCAGCUUCGUUACACAUCAAAAGCUUUCAUCAAGGAAGGGCAAUUCAUUGUGUGAGUGUAAAAUCUGGGAGGCUUGUGGAUAUCAAUUUAGGUAAUGCUCUUAUUGACAUGUAUGCUAAGUGCGGUGAUCUAAACUCUUCAGAGUGUCUAUAUGAAGAGAUGGAAGGUAAAGAUGUCGUUUCAUGGAAUUCAAUAAUGAGAGGUAGUCUUUACAAUAAUGAUCCAGAGAAAGCGUUGUAUUACUUCAAAAGGAUGGCUUUUUCAGAAGAAACAGCAGACAAUGUCAGUCUAUCUUGUGCUAUUUCUGCAUCUUCGAGUUUGGGAGAGCUGGCUUUAGGCCAGUCCAUUCAUGGGCUGGGAAUCAAGCUAGGAUACAAGGACAGCUCACAUGUUUCAGUUGCUAAUUCCCUCAUUUCAUUAUAUUCACAAUGUGAAGACAUCAAGGCUGCUGAACGAGUGUACAGAGAAAUAGCACUUAAAGAUAUUGUUUCCUGGAAUGCAAUGAUGGAAGGAUUUGCUUCAAAUGGAAAGAUUAAUGAAGUGUUUGAUCUUCUGGUUGAAAUGCAAAUAGUAGGGUCUUUCCAACCUGAUAUAGUGACAUUAACUAUCAUACUUCCGCUUUGUGCAGAACUGAUGCUCUCUAGAGAAGGAAGAGCUAUCCAUGGAUUUGCAAUUCAAAGACAGAUGGUAUCCGGUCAUGUUAUGUUACUGAACAGCCUGAUAGACAUGUAUUCAAAGUGCAACCUUGUGGAGAAAGCCGAGCUCUUGUUCAAUUCCUCUGUUGAGAAAGACUCAGUCUCAUGGAAUGCAAUGAUAUCUGGCUAUUCUCUCAACAUGUAUUCUAAUAAAGCUCAAAAUUUGUUCAGAGAGAUGCUACGUUGGGGCCCAAAUUGCAGCUCAGCAACCGUUUAUGCUAUUCUUGCUUCUUGCAACUCCCUUUAUAGUCUCCACUUUGGAAAAUCAGUUCACUGCUGGCAGUUGAAAUCUGGGUUUUUGAACCACAUUCUUUUAAUAAAUUUUCUCAUGCACAUGUAUAUCAAUUGUGGAGACUUGGCAGCCAGUUUCUCAAUUUUGCAUGAGAAUUCUGCUUUAGCAGAUAUAGCUUCAUGGAACACACUAAUUGUAGGGUGUGUAAGAUGUGACCGUUUUAGAGAGGCUCUAGAGACUUUCAAGUUGAUGAGACAUGAACCUCCUUUCAACUUUGACUCCAUAACCCUUGUAAGUGUCGUGUCUGCCUGUGCAAACCUGGAACUAUUCAACCUAGGAAAGUCUCUCCAUGGCCUUGCACUUAAGUCUCCUUUGGAAUCAGAUACUCGGGUUCAGAACUCGCUAAUUACCAUGUACGACAGAUGCAGGGACAUCAACAGUGCUAGAUUAGUGUUUAAAUUCUGCUCUAGUCCUAAUCUAUGCUCAUGGAAUUGUAUGAUCUCAGCUUUAUCUCAUAAUAGAGAAAGUAGAGAAGCACUGGAACUAUUUCGCCAUCUUCGGUUUGAACCGAAUGAGAUCACCAUUGUUUGUGUUCUCUCAGCUUGCACUCAAAUCAGCGUCCUAAGACUCGGAAAACAAGUUCAUGCCCGCGUGUUCAGGGCUGGCAUUCAAGAUGAUUCUUUCAUAUCAGCAGCUCUUAUAGAUUUGUAUAGCAACUGUGGAAGAUUGGACACUGCCCUCCAAGUAUUCAGACAUUCAGAGGAAAAGUCAGAAUCAGGUUGGAAUUCAAUGAUCUCUGCAUGUGGAUAUCAUGGAAAUGGUGAGAAAGCAAUCAAAAUCUUCCAUGAAAUGUGCAAGUCAGGAGCAAGGGUGAGCAAAAGCACUUUUGUUAGCCUUUUAUCUGCAUGCAGCCAUUCAGGACUUGUGAGCCAAGGUCUUUGUUACUAUGAGUGUAUGUUAGAGAAAUAUGGAGUGCAACCUGAGACUGAGCAUCAAGUUUAUGUGGUUGACAUGCUAGGUAGAUCAGGUAGACUGGAUGAGGCUUACGAGUUUGCAAAGGGGUGUGACAGAUCAGGUGUAUGGGGAACUCUCCUAAGUGCUUGCAACUAUCAUGGAGAACUCAAGUUGGGGAGACAAAUUGCUCAACGUCUCUUUCAACUGGAACCUCAAAAUGUUGGAUAUUACAUAUCUUUGUCAAAUAUGUAUGUUGCUGCAGGAAGCUGGAAAGAUGCAACUGACUUAAGACAAUAUAUCGAGGACUUGGGAUUAAGAAAAAACGCAGGAUAUAGUCUUAUUGAUGUUGGUUUUUGAUAAAAAAAAAUAAUAUUAAAUAAAAGAGAGAGAGAGCACUACUAGCAUGAGUGCUAGCAACCAAAAUUAAACUACCACAUUCAUGAACAAAAAUUAGAUAAUGUUCUUUAGAAGCUUUUAUUACUUAUGCUUACCGUGAAGCUUAAAAGACCAACCUUGUGCGUGUUACUUGGGUAAAAUAUCAAUUUCAGUUGAAAAAUAGAACUAAAAGCACUUAAAAAAUUGUAUGCAAGUACUAUUCUUAAUGAAGACAUUAAAUUAAUAUAGCGUAGAAUAAUUACAAUGAUACAUCGCAUGAAAAUUUUUUAUCUCCGAUUAAGAUUGUCCGUCUGACAAGACAAGCUACGCGUCAUUUACCAUACAGGAAUAAAUCAGUCAAUAAAAAAAAUUA